AUGCGGAGCAUGAAGGGCCAUCUGCACAAGACCAGUCUGCAGGAAGCCGAUGAGCGAUACCGAGAGGCUCUUGCUUCGAAAAGUCUAGCGGCAGGACAGAAAAGAAGUUGGUCGAGCGAUGUUGGUGGUGCUGAAUCGCAAGCGGCCACUACACAACAUGUCGGCUUCCAGCGAGUUCUUGUCGCCCCCCCAGUCUCGGCUCGACUGUCGCCCAGCCGGGUUGAGCGCCUAAGCGAUCCGGUUCCUUCUGAAUACUCCCAGAGAAGGACGAUAGGGGCAACGCCGUCGUCGUCGCAAGAUCCAGAACUGGACCUCGCCCAUCCGACCUAUGGUCUUCCUCCACAUCUGGUGGCCAACUUUGCUUCCCUGGGUAUCCGGCAAAUGUACCCCUGGCAGAAGAACUGUCUGAAAGGUCCAGGGCUCUUGAACGGGAGAAAAAACCUGGUGUAUUGCGCGCCUACGGGUGGCGGUAAAUCGUUGGUGGCAGACUGUGCGUUGUGCAAAGCCCUGGACGACGCCAUGGAGAUUGCUGAUUGUGAUGCAGUACUGAUGUUGAAACGAAUAGCAGAAGAACCUGGUAGCAAGGCUCUCCUCGUCCUUCCUUACGUUGCCCUUGUUCAGGAGAAAGUGCGCUGGUUACGAAGCGUCGUGCAAGGCAUUCAGUUGCCACAUGAUGUUGCUGCUGAUGACCGCCCAGGACCAUGGCAUCAGCGCCCAGAUCAUGGGACGAUUCGCGUCGUCGGAUUCUUCGGAGGCGGUAAAGUAAGAGCAACAUGGGAUGACUUUGACAUCGGAGUCUGCACCCUGGAGAAGGGUAAUGCACUCAUAAACACGGCAAUUGACGAUUGCUCAAUUCCCAAGUUGCGGGCCGUAGUGCUAGAUGAGCUGCACAUGGUGGAUGAUGCCCAUCGUGGCUAUUUCCUCGAGCUCAUAGCUACCAAAGUACUGAGCCUGGGGCAGCCCGUACAGAUCGUAGGCAUGAGUGCAACACUGCCGAACAUGAACCUGAUGGCAGAUUGGCUCGAUGCCCACUGUUACGAAACCCGCUACAGGCCCAUUCCGAUUACCGAGCAUCUUGUUUGCGACAGCAAGAUCUAUGCAGCGGCCUCGUUCCGAGAACUGAAACGAGUGCCUUCGCAGCUGGGCAGUCAGAAGUUGCCCGCCGGUCGAGCUGGCGCCUCUGGACGGAUCCUCACGUCUGAUCACAAGGAAUUUGCCAACCCAGUCCUUAACGCUGUCGUCUCCCUCGCGUACGAGACUGCUUGCACAGGAUAUGGCGCAUUGGUUUUCGCAGGAAGCCGCGGUGUCUGCGAAUCGGACGCUCGUUUGAUUAGUCGCGUGAUGCCGGGACCUCUCCAGCUCAGUUCGGCCGUGCUCGAAAGGAGGAUGGAGCUGCUCACGGAUCUGCGAGCCCUCAGCACCGGUGUUGACCCAGUCCUGGAGGAGACCGUUCUGUACGGUGUUGCCUUUCAUCGUGAGUGCAGCGAUGCAUGUGAGAGCUUCAUUCACCAUCCGUCACGUCACCUGCUGACGGUUCAGGCUGGGUUGACGAGCGAGGAGCGUGAGCUGGUCGCCUCCGCGUAUGAUGCCGGAACAAUACUCGUCUGUAUCGCCACCUGUAGCCUGGCAGCCGGCAUCAAUCUUCCUGCGCGGAGAGUCAUCUUGCACAACGCCCGAAUGGCUGGUGAGCUCAUCGGCCCGUCCAUGCUCAGACAGAUGAGAGGGAGAGCUGGUCGACAAGGCAAGUGCCCUGUUGGUGAGACAUAUUUGUGCUGUUGCGAAGAUGACUUGGAGCAAGUCCUAGAGCUCAUGCACGCCGAGAUACCGGAAGUUUCGAGUUGCCUAAGCACGGAAAGCCGGCGCAUACAGCGGGCUGUUUUGGAGGUCAUCUCCAUUCGAUUAGCAAACAGUCGCGAAUCGAUUCAAGAGGUUCAGAGCAUGGGACUGGCUACCAGCGACGGCUGUGGAGGCUUUGUCCCGACUCAGCUGGGGCGAGCGAUUGUUGCCUCGGCCAUCGACCUUGAUGAUGGGGUCUUUGCCCAUAAGGAGCUCAAAAAGGCACUUCGAGCCUUCGUCAUGGACGGUGAGAUGCAUAUUUUAUAUGUCUUCACUCCUGUUCAAGACUUUGGCGUCAAAGUCAAUUGGCAGGUGUUCCGUAACGUGAUGGAAUCGCUAGACGAGAGUGGCUUGCGGGUGUUGAACUUCUUGGGCAUCAAGCCGACGGGAAUUAUCCAACUAGCGCAAGGGGCGAUAUUGAAGGAGACGACGCAAGAGGAACGGGCGAUGGCUCGAGUAUAUCGGCGGUUUUAUCUCGCUUUGCAGCUGCGCGAUUUGUGCAACGAAGUACCGGUACACGUCGUUUCUCGCAAAUACGACAUGCCGCGAGGGUUUGUCCAGAAUCUAUCUCAGACUUGUCAGGGGUUUGCAGCGGGCAUGAUCAAGUUCUGCGAGACGAUGGGAUGGGGAAUGCUUGCUGCUGCCCUGGAUCAUUUCUCCGACAGGUUGAUGGCUGGAGCAAGGUCGGAUCUUUUGGCACUUGCGAGGAUACCGUUCAUCAAGAGUCGGACUGCGAGGGUUUUCUGGGAGAACGGCUAUCGCACCGUCGCCUCCAUAGCCAACGCCGACGCCCAGGCGUUGCUCCCCGUUCUGAUGCAGGCACGGCCCAACAAAGUACGGCUCAAGGGGCAAAAAGACGAUAGGCUCAGGGAGAAAUUGCUCGCCAAGGCAGAGAUCAUAUCGUCGGUAGCCAACAAACUUUGGCAAAUUGAGGUUCAGUCAGAAAUAGACCAAGAAUAG